CCUCACCGACUUCCCUGAUGGCUGCCAAAAAAGGUCUUGAAAGAGCUUGCCUUGUGAGUGAGAGGGACACCAAGAAGUACUCCUUGGCCCUAGACAGGACGAGCUGGCAUCAGAAGAAUUUAAAUGAGGAAAGGCAGCAGCAGGAAGCAGAAGUUACUGAAGCUAAUCCAGAGUAUCACUGCCACGGCUACUCACGGGCCUAUGAGAACAGAAAAAGGGAGCAGCAUCAAGCCAGGAGGAAGCUCUGUGUAGCAUCAGUAAUUUGCAUCUUCUUCAUGAUUGCUGAGAUUACAGGGGAGUAUAUCGCCGGGAGCCUGGCAGUGAUCACCGACGCGGCACACAUCCUGGUGGACCUGACAAGCUUCCUGAUCAGCCUCUUCUCGCUGUGGCUUGCCUCCAAACCUCCCACCAAGCAGCUAACUUUCGGGUGGCACCGAGCAGAAAUUCUGGGAGCUUUGAUGUCUAUGAUAAUCGUUUGGAUGGUGACUGGCGUGUUGACAUAUUUGGCUAGCAUGAGGCUUCUGCAUCCUGAUUAUGAUAUUGAUGCUACUGUGAUGCUCAUUACCUCUGCUUGUGCCGUACUCGCCAACAUCCUCCUGAGCCUGAUUCUGCACCAGACGGGUCCCGGGCACAGCCAUGGGGGUCACGGGCACAGCCAUGGGGGUCACGGGCACAGCCAUGGGGCAGGAGCUGGGGAACACGCGUCGGCCCCUCUGGAAAAGGCAGCCCUGAGCAAUGCCAGUCUGCGGGCAGCCUUUGUGCAUGCCAUUGGAGAUCUAUUCCAGAGUAUUAGUGUGCUAAUUAGUGCACUUAUCAUCUUCUUUAAGCCAGAAUACAAAAUAGCUGACCCAAUCUGCACAUUUGUGUUUUCCAUCUUUGUUUUGGCAACCACCAUCACCAUUUUAAGGGAUAUUUUGAUUGUGUUAAUGGAAGGAACGUCAAAAGGACUUGCUUAUGAUGCAGUGAAAGCAAGAAUUUUAGCAGUUGAGAAAGUGGAAUCUGUUCACAACCUUCAUCUUUGGUCUCUGACAAUGAAUCAAACUAUUCUGUCUGCUCAUGUUGCCACAGCAGACACGGCAGACAGCCAGAAGAUUUUGAGAGAUAUUACCCAAGCCCUGUUUGAGCACUACAGCUUCCACUCCGUCACCAUUCAGAUUGAAUCGGGAGAGGAUCAGAAACAAGACUGCGUCUUCUGUCAAGACCCCAGGGAUUAAAGGGAUCAGCCCUCUUAAGGGUCAAUGGAGACUAUAUGUGCUGCUUGUAUGUAAUUGAUUAAAAACAAAUGGUGAUUAACUGAACUAAAAAGUACUGCCACUGUGAGCAGGUACCAUCUACCAGGAGAGAACGUGUAUUAGGUCCAUCCAUCAGCUAGAUUACCUGUCCAUCAGCGGUUACUUUCAAUUACAAGAGAAAGUAUCUUAAUUAUUCUUGACUAGAGAAGCCGAUUGGCACUAAAGCAACAUUUAAGGGUGCCUGUUUGUAAUUGCAGGCAACAAAAAACUAAUCAACCUUCAAAUUACCAGCAGACUAAUUAUCACAAAAUGUAAUGAAAUGUAAAUUUGGUGUUAGUAAAGCUCAGCACUCACUCAGGAUAAAAGAAAAAAUUUAAAUUAGCAUAAGGGAUGAAGAGAUCUGGGAAAGAAAGAGAUGGUGGCAUGCACUUUCCCUGUCUUCUGGCAGACACUCCUCCUCCUGCAUGUUAAGGGAAGUAUCAGAUGUGCACCCUACUCUGCAGCAUGAAUCACAAGAGGCUUCACUCUACUCACCUUUGGAAAAUAGCUCUUUGGUUUUUUAUCUAGCCCUAUCUGUUUUUCAGCCAAACUCUUUUCUGCCAGACGUGGGCAAUAUUCUCUACUACCAAGACUACCUAUAACUCAUAUCACACUGCAUCAUGGUAAGUUGUGAUAGAACAUUUGUCGUGGAUUUUUGGGUGUCUGUCACAAAGUACCACUUGGGGUUGUGACAAUAAAACAGACCAGGUGUCCUCGAAAAGGAAAAAAUAACGAUGAAAGGAAAGACUGUGAGCCAUUGUGAGUAUCACAUCAAGUAUCCUUCACAGCAUGGCCUGUGGGAUGUUACUCUUUAACCCUGCUGCAUCCUUGAGGUUAUAUCAGAUAAUUAAAAAACCCUUUGGCAUAUCACACUGUACAGGGAAGGGGCGUGCCUCUUCUUCAGCCAGCUGAUUCCCAGAUUCCUUAUCAGGAUGUGUUAAAUCUUCUUCUUCUGCAUACCUGGUGAUGGUUACUGCAGAACUAGGAACAGAGAGUCAUGUCUUUCUGCAGUGCCUCUAUUUUUGUCCCAUCAACUAAAUUUAACCUCUCAUCUGUUAGCAAAAACAAGGGUUGCGCUUCAAAAUGCAUGCUCAACUGCUUCUUCAAAAAACAACUUCAGAUCUGCUCUUGGCCAGCGCAGCUUCACUUUCCAUGCAGAACUAGAUGUAAUGUUUUCCCAUUCCACAACCCUCACUCUCACAGCUGUAGAGCUCAUUUUUUUAACAGGUUUGUUAGACCAGAAUAAAGUAUGCUAUGCUGAGUGGUACUGAGUUUCCAGGCUGACAGCUGGAAAGAACAUUCUGUUAUUAAGGUAUAAAGAGACCUUACUUUUUAGGGAAUUCAGUUUUAUUUGCAAUAGGUUUACAUUAGCUUUCUACUUUAUCAUCCUAAGGAGAUUAGAAUUUAUUAUUAGGGGCUUUUGGCUAUGGAUAAUACAUAACUAUGUGAUGAUAGAUUGAUGUAUUAAGCUGGCAUUUGUUACCUGGUAGGGGGAACAAGAAAUUAUUCUGCUUUGUGGAGACAUCCCAGAAGAUCUUAGUCAGGUAAACCUCCCACUGAAAUCAGAUACGGUAUUAAAACACAACACCCGCUAAGAAUUUCAUGAGUAUCUCAUUAUUUACUGGCUUGAAAGUACUGAGAACAUAGCAGUGGUAUUCAGCACAGUGAUAAAGGCAAUCCUUGCCCUUUACAGCUGAAACUUCAGAAGAUAAGACACAGAUAAAUCAAAGCACAGUAAGAAACCCUAAAUGAAGAAAUUAACUUGUAUUUUGGCCAGUUUCUCUGCUGGUAUAAUUUAGCAUAGUUGCCUCCUACCAAAGGAAACUCAGUGUGCUUGUUAAGUAACCUGAGCAUCCUUUUCAUUAGUUGGGGAGGACAAGUUAAUAAUAUGGCUUUCAUAUGAAAAAAAUGUCUUUCAAAAUGUUUUGAAUAAGAUGAGGACACAGACCUGGGUAUAAUCGGGAAUUUAGGGGGAGAGUUUUAUGAUCAAGGAUAAUGUAAAAGAUAAUGACUGGGUGACAGAAGCAUCCGUAUAGGACACAGAUUCAGUUCUGAGAUUUAGGCUGAGGUGGAGAUAAAGACCAGAAGUUUAAGAGCAAGUGUUGAUUUUGGGAAAAAAUUAAACAGACAAGUAACAUGGUCUACCAAGAAAGCUACGCUGAGUUGCAGAGCUGUGGAAAAGCUGGAUGGAAGCAACACAAGAGGGGCUGGCAAAAAGAAAAUUCAGCAGCAGGGACCAGGACUGAUGAUGUUAUUGUCCAAAUGAAUUGAAAGGAUGGAGAAGUCCUUAAUUAUGUUUUGGAAAAAGCAGCAGUGAAGUAUAGAGACGUGAGGAAAGAAGAAGUUAAUCCAAAAUAAUGAUCCUUAAUAAAAGGGAGCCAGGGAAAGUAGUAAAAAGGAAAGUUAAGAAGGAAGUGAGGUAGCAGCUGCCACCCACAGUCAGCCAGAUGACCCAUUAGACCCUCAGUAUGGUAGCCUGGGUAUGUGAGUAAUAAAGGGCAGGGCAGGAAUGGGGAGGAAGAGGAGAUUUUUGGCUUUGUUAGCAGCAGUAGACCUUGUAUUUUGGGCAAAAGAAUUUAACCAUGUAUCUUUAGCAAAAGCUAGAGAGAGUGCAAUUGUCUCUAUUUUCUGUCAUGGAAUUUACUCUAGCAGAUCACCGUAGCAGAAGUAAUGCAACGGCUUAUGAAAACCCAAGGAAAAUUUACCUAAAUAUGACAGACUGAACAUGAAUUUAGAGCAAAUAUUUACCUUUAGUUACGAAUAUUGCUAUAAAGAUCUGAAUCUUUUAUGCUCCCACUAUAUAUAUGAAUGUAAAAUGUAUAUUUGUUGUUCAUCCCCAUCUAGUCUGAUCCUCAGGGAUAUUAUCUUGGUACAAGGUUAUUUCAAGAAUACUUUCUAAAUGUUGGGGAAGGAUUUCUGCAGAAAUGCUACUGUGAUAUAUAGAGGACAGGGCUGAGAAAUUCAGAGACAAUUUCUAGACUUCUCUGCUUUUAUUAACUUUACAUCCUUUUGAUUGUCUGCAGAAUAACUAUAAGAAAAUUGACAAAAAAUUGCUGUCUCUAAAUCAUUCUUGAAAUUACUGUGAAACAGAAAAGUAUUUGUCAUGUAAGUGGUCUGUUUUCCACAUCUGACUGUUUUUUGGUGGAGUUCAGUUCAUAUAAGCAAGUACAUAGCUUUACUGGCUAGCACUGAAAUUUUAUGUACAUAAAUACAUUCAUCUUCCUCUAAAUUUUAAUGUAGUCAUUUUGCAGCUUGUAAAUUAUAUAGUCCUCCAUUCUUCAAAAAGAACUUUCUCUUUUUCACUUUCCACAACCAAAAUCUAACGCAUUGAGUAGAACCUGAAGAUAAGGAGUUUGUAGAAUCUCAAGACUUUUUGGAGUAGAAACCAUGAAAUGGGCAAAUGCAAAGCUAAACUUUCUUCAUUCAGUACUGACAAGGGCCCUAAGUGCCAGUAUUAUGCUGAGAUUACCAUCAAACAUUGACAGAAAUGUUUAUAAUAAUUCAAACUAAACAGUUAAGGCACAAAUCUGUCAUUAGCAUCAGUGGAAUAGUCCCUUGCUUUAACUAUAGUCAUUUACAUCCUGUGUUCUCCUGUCUGAAAUAUGAAGUGAUUAUGAGAAUUGGAUACACAAUCAACGAUUAUAUUGCCCACUUAGUCUGAGACUUCAUGACAGUAAUUUGUCAUCUCCAGAGAAAGGCCAAACAAGAUAUCUCAGCCCUGUCCAUGGCAGCAAAUGUUGACCUAAGCAACAAGGACUGCGUAGGUCGGCAACAUCAUUCUUGCAAAUGUCAAGAGGCUAUAUCAAACAAUUUUGACUCUGUUUUUUCCUCUAUUGUAAAAGCUAGCAUGCUCCAACACAUUUUCCUCAGUGCCUUCCCCUCAGCCAUAGCACAUAUGCUCUCCUUCCUUUUUCAUCCCCUUCAACUACUGUCCCCUUCUAGUCUGCUUUUCUAUUUUUCCCCAUUUGUCUUUUUUCAGCAAUGCCUCAACUGACUGUCUGUUCAAAUUUCAAUGCCAGUAUAAUAUUUAUCAUAUAUCCUUUCUGCUUACAGCCCUUCCCAUUCUUCUUCAACCUGUGUGGCUAGAUAAAAGCUCCUCAGAAAGAAACUGCUUUUUGCUCCAUGUUUGUUGAAAACAUGAUAUAACGAACUAUCUUUUUUGUUUGUUUGUUUGACUCUCUUGUAAGCACAAUAACAGAGAUUUAAUAAAAACAAAGAA